AGGUUACGAAUAUGAGCUCUGGUGAUUCUUGGUCUCUUCCGGUUAAGCAGGGUCUUUAUGACCCAACCCUAGAAAAAGAUGCAUGUGGUGUUGGGUUCAUUGCUGCUAUCGAUGGAAAACGCUCGCACAAGAUUGUACGGGAUGCCGAGAUUUUGUCAGCUCGUAUGAAUCAUAGAGGUGCUUGUGCUUGUGACAAUGAUACUGGAGACGGUGCUGGAGUACUUUGUGCUAUACCCCACGACUAUUAUGCCACUGAAAUCCGUGAAAAACAAGGUAUUGAAUUGCCAGAAUUUGGCCGUUAUGCUACGGGCAUUUUGUUCCUUGACAAAAAUACCCAUAACCAGACAGAAGCGGCUUUCGAGAAGCUGGCAGGCGAAUGUGACUUGAGAGUACUUUGUUGGCGCGAUGUGCCGACAGACAAUUCUUGUAUUGGGCAAGUUGCACGUAAAUGUGAACCUUACAUGCGUCAAGUUUUCGUAACUGGCGAUCAGGAGUUUGAUGUUCUCAACCGUCAGAUAUUUGUAUUGCGAAAACGUUCGUCGCAUGUAAUACCACAGCCAGGAUUGAGAUACUACAUUUGUUCGUUGUCAUUGAAAACUGUUGUUUACAAGGGUCAAUUUACUGCUGAUCAACUAUGGAAUUACUUUACUGAUCUUAGAAAUCCCAAAUUUGAAACGUAUCUCGCACUAGUUCAUACAAGAUUUUCAACGAAUACUUUUCCUAGUUGGGAACGUGCUCAACCAUUGCGGCUUCUUGCUCACAAUGGUGAAAUAAAUACACUUCGUGGCAACGUUAAUUUCAUGAAAGCACGUGAAGGUGUAAUGAAAAGUGAUGUUUAUGGCGAUCAAUUGAAAGAUCUGUAUCCAGUUGUUGAACCAAAUCUGUCCGAUUCUGGGGCAGCGGAUUGUGUUUUGGAAUUUUUAGUGAUGGCUGGCCAACGGACCUUGCCUGAGGCUGUAAUGACUAUGGUACCUGAAGCGUGGCAAAAUGACUUGACAAUGGCAACCGAAAAACGAGAAUUUUAUCAUUGGGCAGCUUGUGCGAUGGAGCCUUGGGACGGUCCAGCAUUGCUUACAUUCACUGAUGGGCGCUUCGUUGGAGCAAUCCUGGACAGAAAUGGCUUACGCCCAUCGCGCUUCUACGUCACUAAGGAUAACAUGAUGGUGAUGGCGUCUGAAGUGGGCGUAUAUGACACUCCACCCAGCAAUAUUGUCCUGAAGAGCCGCUUGAAGCCUGGCAGAAUGUUGUUGGUUGACACUGAAACUAAGCAGAUCAUACAAGACGUUGAACUGAAACUCAAGAUUGCAAGAAGUAGACCACACUCCAGAUGGCUCGAGGAGCAGAUAACAAUGAGCCACCUUCGUGCUGCUCACCGCGCUGCUCAUGGAACAAAUGGCUUCUAUCAAAAUGAUAGCGGUGCAGAAGAUUUUAAAAGACAUGGCUUGACUUAUGAUUUACGUGGAGUAGAUCGUACAUGGGGUGGUGAUAAACGUUUGCAAUUAUAUGCUUACACUAUUGAAACUCUGAAUUUACUGCUUCUGCCUAUGUUGGAAACAAAAAAAGAAGCACUUGGAUCAAUGGGAAAUGAUGCUCCAUUAGCGUGCUUGUCAGAAUUUCAACCUCUUAUUUAUGAAUACUUUAAGCAGCUAUUUGCUCAGGUAACAAACCCUCCAAUUGAUCCGUUCCGUGAAAAGAUAGUUAUGUCACUAUUAUGUCCAAUUGGUCCUGAGAGUAAUAUACUAAAACCAAAUGAAUUACAAGUUCAUCGUUUAUUUUUGCCGCAUCCGAUAUUAUCACUCAGUGAUUUAGAGGUAAUUAAGCACACAAAUUACCGAGGAUGGAAAACAAUUGUUAUAGACAUAACGUAUCCUAAAGAAGAGGGUGAAUCAGGAUUUUUAAAGACACUUGAUCGUGUUGAUAAUGAGGCUAAUCAAGCAGCUAAAGACGGUUAUCAAUUGAUAGUACUGUCUGAUCGACAAGGUGGACCUGACAGAAUACCCGUAAGUAUGUUACUUGCAUUGGGUUCUGUACAUCACUUUUUAAUUGAAGCAAGACAACGAAUGAAGGUCGGUCUCAUUAUUGAAACCGCUGAGGCACGUGAGGUACAUCAUAUGUGCGUAUUAUUGGGUUACGGUGCAGAUGCAGUUUGUCCAUAUUUGGUAUUUGAAACAGCUAGUUUUUUACGUGAUGACGGAGUAUUGGAUGAAAGUUUGACCGAUGAAAUAUUGUACAGAAAUUAUUCAGAAGCUAUGGAACGCGGUAUUGCUAAAGUUAUGGCUAAGAUGGGUAUAUCGACAUUACAAUCAUACAAAAGCGCACAAAUAUUUGAAGCCGUAGGACUGGCCGAUGAGGUUAUUGAUAAAUGUUUCCGUGGUACCCAUUCACGUAUUGGUGGUUCGACCUUUGAAAUUUUAGCUAAAGAUGCAGUUGAACGUCAUUCAUUGACUUACAUUGAAAAGGCUGUUGAUAUGUUGGUCUUACGUAAUCCUGGUAUAUAUCACUGGCGUGCUGGUGGUGAAAAACACAUAAAUGAUCCCGUUAGUAUCAGUAAUUUGCAAGAAUCUGUGGUAUCAAAAAAUCAAAAUGCCUAUGAAAAUUAUCGAAAAUCAACAAUGGAGUCAGUACAAUAUUGUACGCUUCGUGGACAAUUGGAAUUACGUAAAUCGGAUAAUCCAGUGCCAAUUGAUCAAGUUGAACCGGCGGAGGAAAUUGUAAAACGUUUUGUAACUGGUGCAAUGAGUUUUGGUAGUAUAUCAAUUGAAGCACACUCAACUCUUGCAGUUGCUAUGAAUCGUAUCGGAGGUAAAUCAAAUACCGGAGAGGGAGGUGAAAAUCCUGAUCGUUAUUUGAAUCAAGAUCCCGAGUUUAGCAAGCGUUCGGGGAUAAAACAAAUUGCUAGUGGACGAUUCGGUGUUACAUCUAGUUAUUUGGCAAAUGCUGAUGAUUUACAAAUAAAAAUGGCCCAAGGUGCUAAACCUGGUGAGGGUGGUGAAUUACCUGGUUACAAAGUAACAGCAGACAUUGCCGCAACUCGACAUUCUGUACCAGGAGUUGGUUUAAUAUCACCACCGCCUCACCAUGACAUUUAUUCAAUAGAAGAUCUUGCCGAAUUGAUCUAUGAUUUAAAGUGUGCUAAUCCAAAUGCUCGUAUCAGUGUUAAGCUGGUAUCUGAAGUUGGAGUUGGUGUUGUUGCAUCAGGUGUUGCUAAAGGUAAAGCCGAGCAUGUUGUUAUUUCUGGACACGAUGGUGGUACUGGUGCCAGUAGUUGGACAGGUAUUAAAGCAGCUGGUUUACCCUGGGAAUUGGGUGUUGCUGAAACCCAUCAGAUUUUAACAUUAAAUAAUUUACGAUCACGUUUAAUUGUCCAAGCUGACGGACAAUUGAGAACUGGUUUUGAUGUUAUUGUAGCAGCAUUACUUGGUGCCGAUGAAUUUGGUUUUAGUACAGCUCCAUUGAUUGCUAUGGGUUGUACAAUGAUGAGAAAAUGCCAUUUAAAUACAUGUCCAGUUGGUAUCGCAACUCAAGAUCCUAUUUUACGGCGUAAAUUUCAAGGUAAACCUGAGCAUGUUAUUAACUUUUUCUUUAUGCUAGCCGAAGAAAUACGAUCACAUAUGGCUAGCCUUGGUAUUUGUAAAUUUCAGGAUUUAAUUGGCCGUACCGAUUUACUCAAAGUACGUGAUGAUAUUAAAGUUGAAAAAGCUAAAUUACUUGAUCUGUCAAAAAUUCUUCGCAAUGCAUUGGAAUUACGUCCUGGUGUAAAUAUCAGAGGUGGAACAGUAAAACAAGAUUUUCAAUUAGAAAAUCGUCCAGAUAAUCAAUUAGUUGAAGCAGCAAAACUUAUUCUCGAGGGAGAACAAAAUCGAGUUAAUCUUAAGAUGACAAUAAACAAUGAAACUCGUGCAUUUGGAUCGACACUAAGUUAUUUUAUAUCAAAGAAUUACGGUGAAGAGGGAUUACCGGAACACAGUAUAAAUAUCCAAUUGCAAGGAUCAGCUGGACAAAGUUUCUGCGCAUUUUUAACAAAAGGUAUUCACGUAACACUCGAAGGUGAUGCCAAUGACUAUGUGGGAAAGGGACUCUGUGGUGGUGAAAUAGUUAUUUAUCCACCAAAAGAAUCUGAGUUUAACUCAGAAGCCAAUGUUAUUGUUGGUAAUGUUUGUUUGUACGGUGCGACAUCAGGAAAAGCGUAUUUCCGUGGUAUUGCUGCUGAAAGAUUCAGUGUACGUAACAGUGGAGCAACUGUAGUUGUCGAGGGUGUAGGCGAUCAUGGUUGUGAAUAUAUGACUGGUGGUUGUGCUGUUAUACUUGGUUUAACAGGACGUAAUUUUGCUGCUGGUAUGUCCGGUGGUAUCGCAUAUGUGCUUGAUGUUGAUGGCUCAUUUAAGAGCAAGUGUAAUCCUGAAAUGAUUGAAUUAUUGCCGUUAAAUAAUAAAGAAGAUAUUGCUUAUGUUAAACAAUUACUUGAAGAAUUUAUUGAAAAGACGGGUUCGUUAAUUGCUAAAGAUUUAUUACUUACAUGGCCAGAACCGACAACAAGAUUUGUUAAAGUAUUCCCCUAUGAGUAUCAACGAGCAUUGAAACAAAUGGCUGAUGAUAAUAAAACUAAUCAGCAGCAAAAUGUUGUUGUUAUUAAUGGUAAUGCUAAAAAUCAACAAGAAAUAAAAGAUAUUGAAGACUCUAUUGAAGAUGCCGAGUUGGCUCAACGUAAAUUGGAUAAAAUAAAAGGUUUCAUGAAGUACAAAAGACAUACAGUUAAUUACAGGCCCGUUGAAAAGAGAGUUGAAGAUUGGGAUGAAAUUUAUAAUUUCCAGGGUGUAAGAAAAGGAUUGCGGGUUCAAGCGGCUCGUUGUAUGGAAUGUGGAGUACCAUUUUGUCAAAGUAGUCAUGGGUGUCCGCUCGGUAAUAUUAUUCCCAAAUGGAAUGAUCUUAUAUUCCACUUGGAAUGGCAAGAAGCCCUUAAACAAUUACUUCAAACAAACAAUUUUCCAGAAUUCACUGGACGUGUUUGUCCCGCUCCUUGUGAGGGUGCUUGUGUACUUGGUAUUUCUGAGCCACCGGUUACAAUUAAAAAUAUUGAAUGCGCGAUAAUCGAUCAUGCUUUUGAGCAAGGCUGGAUAACUCCUCACCCACCGGCUGUAAGAUCUGAGAAAACAAUAGCUAUUGUUGGUUCAGGACCCGCUGGACUUGCUGCUGCUCAUCAACUUAACAAAGCCGGUCACUUGGUUACGGUUUAUGAGAGAAAUGACAGGAUCGGUGGACUGUUACAAUACGGUAUACCGACAAUGAAAUUAUCCAAAAAGGUUGUCCAGAGACGUGUUGCAUUACUUGCUGCAGAGGGUAUUGUUUUUAAGACUGGAGUUGAUGUUGGUAAAGAUAUUUCACCGCAAGAAUUGAAAGAUAAUUAUGACGCUGUAUUGUUGUGCACUGGAGCUACGUGGCCUCGUGAUUUACCUAUACCAGGACGUUAUCUUGAAGGUAUACAUUUUGCUGUGAGUUUCUUGGAACACUGGCAAAAGAAACAAAUGGGUAAUAGCGCGCCUCUCAAUAUGAAACUCGUAGCUAAAGAUAAAGAUGUUAUUAUUAUUGGAGGUGGUGAUACUGGUUGUGACUGUAUCGCUACGUCGCUGAGACAGGGUGCUAAAAGCAUAACAACUUUUGAAAUUUUACCUGAACCGCCUGUUAAGCGUGCAAAUGACAAUCCUUGGCCACAAUAUCCACGAGUGUUUAAAGUUGAUUAUGGACAUGAAGAAGUAUCGCUUAAAUUUGGACGGGAUCCAAGACAGUUCAGUACUCUCAGCAAAGAAUUUUUAGACGACGGUAAUGGCAAUGUUGCGGGUAUUAAAACAGUUAUGGUAGAAUGGACUAAAGAUGAUGCUGGUCGGUGGAAAAUGACUGAAAUUGAAGGCUCUGAAAAGACAUACAAGUGUGAUCUUGUUUUAUUGGCAAUGGGAUUUUUAGGACCAGAAAAAUACAUUGCAGAAAACUUGAAUACAAAAUUGGACGGACGUGGCAAUUAUGAAACACCAGCAGGAAAAUAUAAAACAAAUUUACCUGGAGUUUAUGCAGCAGGAGAUUGUCGAAGAGGUCAAUCACUUGUCGUGUGGGCUAUUAGCGAAGGUCGCCAAGCAGCGCGUGAAAUUGACCAGGACUUGACUCAUUUUACAUCAUUGCCUGGCCCCGGUGGAGUAAUAGUAAGUGUUUUAGCUUGA